AUGAAGCUGGUCCUGGCCCUCACAGGCCUCCUGGCCACUCUGGUCAUGCCUCAGCCCUCUGACAGUGCCACUCCAGCCGUCCCUGAGGAGGUGGAGACCUCGGUGGUGCUGACUUGCAUGGAGGAAGCCAAGCAGCUAGUGGACAAGGCCUACAAGGAGCGGAGGGAAAGCAUCAAGCAGCGGCUUCGCAGUGGCCUGGCCAGCCCCAUGGAGCUCCUGUCCUACUUCAAGCAGCCUGUGGCAGCCACCAGGACAGCAGUGAGGGCUGCUGACUAUCUGCACGUGGCCCUAGACCUGCUGAAGAGGAAGCUGCGGCCUCUGCGGCCAGGGCCUUUCAAUGUCACUGAUGCGCUCACACCGGCUCAGCUGAAUCUGCUGUCCAAGUCGAGCGGCUGCGCCUACCAGGAUGUGGCGGUGAGCUGCCCGGAGCAGGACAAAUACCGCACCAUCACCGGCCACUGCAACAACAGACGCAGCCCCACGCUGGGGGCCUCCAACCGCGCCUUUGCGCGCUGGCUGCCUGCGGAGUACGAGGACGGCGUGUCGCUGCCCUUUGGCUGGACGCCCGGGGUCAAGCGCAGCGGGUUCGUGGUGCCCCUGGCUCGCGCGGUCUCCAACGCCAUCGUGCGCUUCCCCACCGAGCAGCUGACGCCGGACCAGGAGCGCUCGCUCCUGUUCAUGCAGUGGGGCCAGUUGAUUGACCACGACCUGGACUUCACCCCCGAGCCCGCCGCCCGGGCCUCCUUCGUCUCUGGCCUCAACUGUGAGACCAGCUGCCUGCAGCAGCCUCCCUGCUUCCCUCUCAAGAUCCCGCCCAACGACCCCCGCAUCAAGAACCAGAAUGACUGCAUCCCCUUCUUCCGCUCCUGCCCUGCCUGCACCGGGAGCAACAUCACCAUCCGCAACCAGAUCAACGCGCUCACCUCCUUCGUGGACGCCAGCAUGGUGUACGGCAGCGAGGACCCCUUGGCCAGGAACCUGCGCAACUUGACCAACCAGCUGGGGCUGCUGGCCGUCAACACCCGCUUUCGGGACAAUGGCCGGGCCCUGCUGCCCUUUGACAACCUGCAUGAUGACCCCUGUCUCCUCACCAACCGUUCCGCACGCAUCCCCUGCUUCCUGGCAGGGGACACCCGCUCUAGUGAGAUGCCUGAGCUCACCUCCAUGCACACCCUUUUUGUUCGAGAGCACAACCGGCUGGCCACACAGCUCAAGCGCCUGAACCCCAGAUGGAAUGGAGAGAGGCUGUACCAGGAGGCCCGGAAGAUUGUGGGGGCCAUGGUCCAGAUCAUCACCUACCGAGACUACCUGCCCUUGGUGCUGGGGCCAGCGGCCAUGAGGAAGUACCUGCCCACCUACCGCGGCUACAAUGAAUCGGUGGACCCACGUAUUGCCAAUGUCUUCACCAAUGCCUUUCGCUACGGCCAUACCCUCAUCCAACCCUUCAUGUUCCGCCUGGAUAGUCAGUACCGGCCCAUGAUGCCCAAUCCCCGUGUCCCGCUCAGCAAGGUCUUUUUUGCCUCUUGGAGGGUUGUGCUGGAAGGUGGCAUCGACCCCAUCCUCCGAGGCCUCAUGGCCACCCCUGCCAAGCUGAACCGCCAGAACCAGAUUGUGGUGGAUGAGAUCCGGGAGCGACUGUUUGAGCAGGUCAUGCGGAUCGGGCUGGACCUGCCGGCUCUGAACAUGCAGCGGAGCAGGGACCACGGCCUCCCAGGUUACAACGCCUGGAGGCGUUUCUGUGGGCUGCCACAGCCCAGCACGGUGGGCGAGCUGGGCACAGUUUUGAAGAACCUGGACCUGGCACGGAAGCUGAUACAGCAGUAUGGCACGCCCGACAACAUCGACAUCUGGAUGGGUGGUGUGGCUGAGCCCCUGCAGCCCAACGGCCGCGUGGGCCAGCUCCUCGCCUGCCUCAUUGGCACCCAGUUCAGGAAGCUUCGGGACGGUGAUCGGUUUUGGUGGGAGCACAACGGUGUGUUCAGCAUGCAGCAGCGGCAGGCACUGGCCAGGAUCUCCUUGCCCCGCAUCAUCUGCGACAACACGGGCAUCACCACCGUAUCCAAGAACAACAUCUUCAGGUCCAACUCCUUCCCCCGGGACUUUGUCAGCUGCAACACUCUCCGUGCACUGGAUCUGUCUUCGUGGAGGGAGGCGUAGAGGCGGGGAGCCUGCCUGGGAAGGAGUGAGGGCCAUGGUCCUUCUGUACCAUUUGUUUGUACCUGAUGUUUACGUAAUAAAGCACGGAGGACGGG